GAUAAUGCAGCACGAGACCAGCAACAUUGGCAAAGGAAACGUAGAAGCUGUUUCUGUUGCCAUACCUGCUGUUAUAAGAGCCGGUGGAGAUGCCGCCUUCUAUUGCGGACACAGAGUACAACAGACCAAGGUGACAUCGGUUCUUUCCGAGCCUCAGCGCGCAUUACUUUCAACCAUAACCGCCGGUCAUGAGGUGAUCCACAUUGCUGAGACCGAGUUAUCCUGUAGGGCACAGAUCCCAAAAUUGGGCACGGACCCAGCAUCGUUGAAAUGGAUCGAGCAGACGAUAGAUACGCACAAGCAGAAUGUGGGCUCUCAGAUAGCCGCGAUGAAUGCUGCCACGGCUCAGGUGGUAACAUUAACAUCCGGACCGGCAGACGACGUGGAUCAUACGGCCGUAGGCGCUGCUAUAACCACAAUCGCCACCAAUCUACCAGAGAUGACCAAAGGAGUGAAAAUGAUCGCGGCUCUGAUGGAGGAUGAAUCUUCUGGAGAUAAACUGCUGGAUGCAGCAAGGAAACUUUGCUCCGCGUUCUCAGAUCUAUUGAAAGCCACGGAACCGGAAACCAAAGAGCCAAGGCAGAAUUUACUAAACGCUGCCUCCAGGGUAGGCGAGGCCUCUCACCAGGUGUUAACAACCAUCGGCGAGGAAAACGACUCGAACCGCGAGCUCCAAGACAUGUUGUUAGCCCUGGCAAAAGCCGUAGCCAAUUCUACAGCGGCUUUGGUUCUGAAAGCGAAGAACAUCGCGGCUACCUGCGAGGAUUCAUCCACACAAAAUCGAGUUAUCUCGGCAGCCACGCAAUGCGCGUUGGCGACAUCACAGUUAGUGGCCUGCGCUAAAGUAGUCGCCCCAACUCUACAUUCUCAAGCUUGCCAGACUCAGUUGAUGAACGCGGUCCACGAGGUGACGAAAGCUGUCGAAGGUUUGCUCGAAGUCUGUAAUGAAACUUGCAGCGAUGAAAACCUUUUGAAAGAAUUGACUGCGGCUGCUAGCGAGGUCAGCAGAACUUUAAGCGACUUGGUGAACCACAUAAAAACAGCUACCAGGGAAAGGGCGAGAGAAUCUGUCCAAGAGGGAGCCGUAGAAACUAUUUUAGUGGCUACCGACAAACUGUUUGCCAGCAGUGAUGGUACUGAAAUGGUGAGACAAGCCAGAGUAGUUGGCCAGGCAACUGCGGAAUUGAUUCAAAGCAUAAAAGGCGAGGCGGAAAGGCAAACCGACUCGGAGCAGCAAAGAAGAUUAUUAGCAGCCGCUAAAAUGCUCGCGGACGCCACUGCCAAGAUGGUAGAAGCCGCGAGACAGUGCGCCAGCAGUCCCAACGAUGCUAAGAUGCAGGAUCAGCUGAAACAAGCUGCUGAGGAGCUUCGAGCGGCUACUACUGCUGCCACCCCGGGUUUGAAGCGAAAAUUGAUCAGCAGAGUUGAAGUCACCAGUGUCAGUCAGUAUUCGAAGCCAGUUGUUCAUGAGGAGCCGAAAGUGGGGAGUAAGGCAGAUGUUCAAGGACAGGAGGAGAGCUCCUUUAUUAUUGACGAGGCGAUUAAAAGUAUCGAAGACAUGACUCAGGUACUAGGGAUGAAUGAAUUCCCACAGACUGGCAAGAGUUACGGGCAACUGCAAAGUGACUUGAACAAUGCGGCAGUUAACUUAAACAACGCAUCAGCGAACGUCGUAUCUUCCGUUCAUUCGCCAGUUCAACUGGCAAGUUCCUCGAGACAAUUUUCAAACGCCUUUGGCGAUUUAUUAGGCGUUGGAAUGGAAAUGGCAGGUCAAGUGAUGACAACAGUAGAAACCCGUAAGCAGAUGGUAGUCUCACUAAAGAACGUCAGCAUGAGUUCCAGCAAACUUCUAACGACAGCAAAAUCCGUGUCUGUGGAUCCGAAUGCUCCUAAUGCUAAGAAUCAGCUAACAGCAGCCGCCAGGGCUGUAACAGAAUCCGUAAACUAUCUCGUCGAUGUUUGUACGUCGUCGGCACCCGGACAAAACGAAUGCGACAACGCCAUAAAGAAUAUCCAAUCAAUGAGAUCGCUUUUGGACAACCCUAACGAACCGAUUUCGAACGCCAGCUAUUUCGAGUGUCUAGAAACGGUGAUGGAGAAGAGCAAGAGCCUCGGAGAUGGCAUGACCGGUAUAGCCAACCAUGCGAAGAAAUCUGAACAUGAACAGUUCUCGAUAGCCGUUAAGGGAGUGUCUUCAUCCAUUUGCGGACUAAUAGAAGCAGCUGCUCAAGCUGCCUAUUUGGCCGGUGUCAGUGACCCCAGCUCGAUCCCUGGUAAACAGGGUCUCGUCGACCAUAAUCAAUUCUUGAGAGCCGGCCAGGCGAUCCACGCCGGCUGCCAGAGCCUCAGUAACCCCAGCAGCACCGAGCAACAAGUAUUAUCUGCUGCUACGAUGAUAGCCAAGUACACUAGCGCUCUCUGUAACGCUUGUCGGGAGGCUUCCAACAAAACGAACAAUUCCGUUGCUAAGAGACACUUCGUGGAAUCCGCGAAGGACGUCGCCAACUCCACUUCGGCUUUAGUGAAAGAGAUAAAGGCUCUGGAUAAGAAUUACUCAGAAGCAAACAGAGAGAAGUGUGCCGAGGCUACCAAGCCGCUUUUGGACGCUGUAGACAAUCUCUGCGCGUUCGCUAGAUCGCCAGAGUUUGCUAGCCAACCUGCUAAAAUAUCAAUGUCGGCUAGGGCUGCUCAGGAACCAAUUACAUCUGCUGGUAAAGCUAUAAUCGACGGCUCCUGCGCCAUGGUGAGGGCUGCAAAGAGUUUGGCAGUGAGUCCCAAGGAUCCACCUACCUGGCAAUUAUUAGCUAAUCAUAGCAAGAGUGUCAGUGAUUCUAUCAAAUCUUUGGUAGCUUCUAUACGCGAUAAGGCGCCAGGCCAGAAGGAAUGCGAUGCAGCUAUUGAAAAAUUGUCAGCAAGAAUUCGCGAAUUAGACGCUACCUCACUUAGCAUCGUCUCCCAAGCCUUGUUACCAAGGCGAGAAAACACCGUGCAGGAAUUCACCGAUCAGAUGGAACGGAAUAUCCACGAAUUAAAAGAGAAACUGGAACCACUUCGAUCAGCUGCUAAGUUCGAAGCCGAGAAUAUCGGACACGCUGUUAACCAAAUGAUUUCAUAUUGCGAACCACUAGUUUCAGACGCGAUUGGUGCUGCCUCAAACAUGGUCCAUUCUAAACAGCAAAUGAUAUUAUUGGACCAAACGAAAACCGUCGCUGAAUCGGCGUUACAAUUAGUUUACGUUACCAAAGAAUCCGGUGGCAAUCCGAAAGCGGUGAAUCUUCACUCCGAGGUCGACGAAACAGUGGAAUCAACGAAGGACGCGGUGCAAGAACUGCAGAACACGUUGGAAAACAUUGCCACUUCUCAUGGUAUUGUAACGGGAUUAAUCGACACUAUUAAUAGAGCUAUGGUCAGAUUGGAAGACGACAGGAUGUCUACUAUAGAUAGUGUUGACUCUUACGUGGAUUACCAAACCAGGAUGGUAGAAGCUGCGAAGGAAAUUGCCAGACUGGCACAAGAAAUGUCUACGAAAUCGAGUAUUGAUGCAGCCAGGCUCGGUCCCUUAGCAGUGGAUAUCUCUCACAAAUACACUCAACUGGCCCGCGACACUUCCGGUGCUUCCGUUGCUGCUUCAAACGCAGACGUAUCCCUCAAACUCCGUGCCACUGUCCAAGAAUUAGGCAGAGCCUGCGCCGAAAUAGUCAGAGCUGCCGGCACUUGUCAGUUAUCACCUGGCGACGCUUAUCUUCAAAGGGAAGUCGCGGAGCACAGUAAAAUAGUGACAGAAAAAGUGUCUCAGGUGUUGGCUGCUCUUCAAGCUGGUUCCAGAGGGACCCAAGCUUGUAUCAACGCUGCCAGCACUGUCUCUGGUAUAAUAGGCGAUCUGGACACUACUAUCAUGUUCGCCACAGCUGGGACCUUGCACGCUGAGAACGAAGGCGACACGUUUGCUGAUCAUAGAGAGAAUAUAUUGAAGACUGCCAAAGCUUUAGUGGAGGACACUAAAACGUUGGUAGCUGGUGCGGCUUCUUCUCAAGAACAAUUGGCUGUCGCUGCUCAGAAUGCGGUCUCCACUAUCGUUCAAUUAGCUGAGGUCGUGAAAUAUGGUGCUGCCAGCUUGGGAAGUCAAAAUCCAGAGGCCCAAGUGAUGUUAAUAAAUGCUGUGAAGGACGUGGCUUCGGCGCUGGGCGACUUGAUCCACGCUACCAAAGCAGCCAGUGGAAAACCGAUCGACGAUCCUAGUAUGGCGCAUCUGAAAGACUCUGCCAAGGUGAUGGUGACCAACGUAACUUCACUUCUAAAGACCGUGAAAGCCGUUGAAGACGAACACACCAGGGGCACCAGAGCGCUGGAGUCCACCAUCGAGGCUAUCGCCCAGGAAAUCCGUUCCUUAAACACUCCUGAGAUCCAUAAAGCCAACGUGACACCCGAGGAUCUCGUCCGUUGCACUAAGAGCAUUACGACUUCCACCGCGAAGGCGGUCGCAGCUGGGAACAGUUGCAAACAGGACGACAUAAUCGCUGCGGCGAAUAUGGGAAGGAAGGCGAUCAGCGAUAUGUUGCAGAUUUGCAAAAGCGCGGCUAACAACUGCGCCGAAACUACUGAAUUGAAGAAUCGGACGCUUCAAGCUGGUCAUGAUGUUGCUAUCAACUACAGGGAACUGCUACAAUCUAUUCUUCAAAUAUCGACGAGAUCUGGCGAUGCGAAGCAUAUGUUGCCACCUAUCAGUAGAAAAAUUGCUCAAAGCGUCACGGAAUUGGUUGCGGUAGCUGAAUUGUUGAAAGGUGAUGAUUGGGUGGACCCUGAUGAUCCUACGGUUAUUGCUGAAAACGAGUUGCUAGGAGCUGCUGCUAGUAUUGAUGCUGCUGCGAAAAAGCUUGCUAGUUUGAGACCAAGAAGAAGUAUACAGGAAGCAAGCGAAGACAUGAAUUUUGACGAGAUGAUCCUCGAAGCAGCUAAGUCAAUCGCGGCUGCCACAUCGGCUCUGAUAAAAGCGGCUAGCGCCGCUCAAAGAGAAUUGAUAGCGACAGGAAAAGUGUCUAGAACACCUUUAACAAGUUCCGAUGACGGUCAGUGGUCGGAGGGCUUGAUUUCAGCAGCGAGAAUGGUCGCUGCAGCAACUCACAGUCUCGUAGAAUCAGCGAACGCGCUGGUACAAGGUGUUAGUACGGAGGAGAAGCUGAUUUCGAGUGCGAAACAGGUCGCUAGUAGCACAGCGCAGCUUUUGGUAGCUUGUAAAGUGAAGGCAGAUCCUGAUAGUGAGAGCACGAAGAGGCUGCAGGCCGCUGGGAAUGCUGUGAAAAGGGCCACGGACAAUCUAGUUCGUGCUGCACAACAGGCUAUACAACAGGAAGAAGACAGAUCUUUGGUGCUUAAUCGAAGAAUGGUGGGCGGGAUCGCGCAGGAGAUUGAUGCGAGGUCGGAGGUACUGCGCAUCGAGAGAGAACUGGAAGAAGCUAGGGGUAGACUUACUGCAAUUCGACAGGCGAAAUACAAGAAUCGACCGGACUUAACCGAUACUGACACGGAAGCUGAACAGGGUGGCUACGAGAGCUACACUACCAGGUUACUCCACAAGACUUACGACAGCCAAUCGCAUGCAAACAAUCAUACUCUGGACCAACUGCAUUCUACGACUCAUGCAAUCAGUCAAUUAGCCGUUGAUAGGCAAAACUUAGUAAGCCCGGAGAAGGUCCAUUCUACUCAAAGCACUUUGGACAGAAAAAUGAAGGAUAGCCAGUAUAGCAUGUACGGAUCCGUGGAUAAAAGUCAAUUAGACAGGCAGUAUGGCUCGGAGAGUUCAUAUUUCGACAGAAACACAUAUUCUGAUAGAAAAUUAAUAGACGACGCCUACACCGAUAGGAAAUUGAUAGAUUCCCCCUCGAGCCAGUACAGCUCGAUCGAGAAGCGAAUAAAUCAAGAAAAUUACAACAUCGAUGAGAAAAAAAUGUAUGGACCUUAUCCACCAGUGCACACCAUGACCUACUCUCCAGUUUCUACCAGAAAAGUCUUCCAACAAGAACAAUUACAACAACAACAACAACAACAACAACAACAACAACAACAACAACAACAUUCUUAUGAAAAAUACUCUCAGGAGGAUUAUUUGAACGAACAAAAAUUGCAUUCGCUUGGCCAAGAACAGAGAUACUAUACCGGAGACGCUGUGGACAGAUUCCAAAGCCCAUUAAGCACGUUCAAGAGUGACGUGCAAAGAUUCGGUGAGAAUUUACCUCAGAAUCAGAGUUAUAGAAACGUGGAGACCAGGACGACUCCCGGAGGAAAAAUGGAAACGAUUACUACCAAGAUUUAUACGUCCACUCCUGGGAAACUCAGCAGUUCUAAUUACGAGUCUUCGGAAGAAACGAAAAAGUACUCCACUUCCAGCAAUGAACCAUCGACGUUUAAAGCCAUUGAUGGUAGUAAUAUUGUCGAGGAACGAAUGACUAAACAGUCAACGACACACAAGGUCACCGAGAAAAAAACUGUUAUGAUGACUAGUAUGUCCAGCAGGCAAGAAAACACGAAAACUUUUCGGUUCGAAGAGAAGUAAGAUAGAGAUAUGAAAUUGGAAUUAAAAAAUGGAAAGGUUAACAGUAAAAUACUAUUGAAGAGUUUGAAAGUGGUAAUCGGAACGCAAUGUAGAAUAUAAAAUAUGAAAUAAAUUAUAACGAUUUAUCUGAGAUUAGAGAAAUAUAAAUUGAAGUAGCAAACAACAUUAAAAGAGAUAGCGAGUCAAAUCUUACAGAAAAAAACACUGAUAAAUCGUAUGAAAUUUUUAUUGGAAUGUCAUAAAAGUAAAAUAAUAAUGAAAACAUCAAAUGAAAAAAUAAAAGUAGCAUAUAAGAAAAAAUAAAUUAUUUAUGAAAUGUAGUAAAGUGCAAACAGAUGAGUAGACUGCAGAUUUUAUGCAUUUGUAAUAAGAUUGAAUAUGCAGAAAUUAUAAAUAUUGCUUAUAAUGCAUAAAGCUAUUUAGAAUAUCAAAAACUGAAUGCAUGUUUCAAAUUCAUAUAAUAAAAGAACACAUUUCUUAAAUUGAUAUUUUAAAUGUUUUACUUUGCAUAAAAAUCCGCAGUCUAGAGAAGAGCCAAAGAUCAGCAAAAGAUUGUAACUUUGGAAAAAUUCCAAAAGCAGAUAUGAAAUUAUUCACUGUGGCUUUUGCGAAAUAUGAUACACAUGGUGGAGAGGACUGUAAUUUUUAAUUGUUAAAAUAGAAGUGUCCUUAGAGAAGUAUUAACACUUCGUGCUUUCGGAAUUCAGCCUUCACAGUAACAAUAAUUUAAUAAUAAUUAAAAAUUAGUAUUACGCAAGGGGCAACACAGCCGUCCGUCAAUGAAAAAAAACACGAACAAUAUUGUAUUUUGAGAAUGGUUGAAUGAACCGAGUGAUUAAUCGGUUAUUAUUUACAAUGCCUGGUGAUUAUGAAUAGACCGCGGGUUUUUAUACAAAAUAAAAUAUUUAUAAGAGUAAUUUAAAGAAUGUGCUUUAUUUUAUCAUUUAAAUAUUCUAAUAUACAUUCUGUAUAUUUUUAUACGUUCAAAUCGGUGUUUGUAUCUUCUGUACAUUGAAUUUCCCUAUAAAUGCAUAAAAUCCGCAGUCUAAUUAUAAGUAAUAUGGUCUACAGACACUGCGAGAAAACUAGAUUUAGACUAUUUGAUAUUUCUGGAAAAUGAAACUCUCGAUAUUAAAUCAACCAAAAUUGCGAUGAAAAGAAUGGGACACUAAAAGUUUAGGAUAUACACUGACUCCCAUUAACAUUCUGACAUAUUUCAAAAAGGACUAACCUUUUUAAUAUUGGACCAAACAACUUAAUUGUCUGUGGGAUAUUAGAAAGCUUAAUUUAUUAGUAGUAGUAAUGCCUUCAUUGUGUCCCUAACGGAUUACAUGGAUUUAGAUUUCCGUUUUCACAAUAAACUUGCAAAUAAAUAAAUAAAAUAAAACUAAACAAAAACCAGGCAGUCUAAUAUUCGAAAGUAAGUGAAUUUCCCUGAUCAUUGAAUGUUAAUAGGAGUCAUUUUAUGUGUUAGCUGUGGCAAUUGGUGUUUCCAAUAUUGCAGUACUUUCGUGAAACCGUUAUCGCAACUUCGGUCGUUAUAAUCGACAAGAUUUUUAUAUUGUAGAGCUAUCUACGGAAACUACCAUUGUUUUACAAGGCCACCUGUAUACUAGAAUAUUCUGAAGUGUUUUAUUCGUAAAGAUCGAGAGAAACACAUCUAAGAUAUUUAAGAAAUUAAAUCAGAUGUGAUGUCAUUACUACGAUUUUGUCUGAUCAAAUGAUAACAAUAUUCGCAUUAACCAGUUAGUGUAGCAUGAAAUGCAUUACAGCGCCUAAUUUUCUUUUUCGUUAUUCAUAACAACGAAACGUUAUUAGGAAUGUUCAUGUUGAUUACAUAGUCCAUAACGUAUGCACUGACAAUGAGUCAUACAAAACUAUUUACCAUAUUUUUGGGAGGGAAAUCGGGGACAAAAAAAAGGUGGAAAUUAUGACAACACACAAACAGCAAAAAAUAAUAAACUUCUUGUAUUGGAUUAUUCCAUAAGUUAUUUAUUAAAAGAAAGAGAAAAACAAUUGAAUAAGAAGGAAUGCUUAAAACGAGAGGAAUAGAAAACAAAAAUAUAGUCUUCAUGACGUAACAAAAUCAUCUCAAAAUUUAUCAACCAUAGAAAUUAAGAGAGUUAAAAAUGAAUACGAACACUUUGUAGAAAUAUCUAAUUAUUACAGUUCAUUAUUGAAAGAAGACAUUAGAAAGUUAGUUGCAGAAGACUCAUUUUUUCAUAUUCGAUGUUAUAUAAUUUAUAUAUAUAUAAUAUGCAAAUAUAGGACUAAUAAAUAAAUAGAGGACAUUUGUACGUCCUGUAUUUCUUAACAUAAUUACGGGGAUAGGCUGCUGAAAUACAGAACAAUCCCCGAAAGUACAGAACAAAUAGUCACCAUACCCAAAACAAACCCUAUGUAAUCAUAACUGCAUAAAACUACAUGAUUCUAUUUGUAGAGGUCCAAGUGACCUUAACAUCUACUGAGCACUUCCACUUGAAAAUAAGUUUUAGUCAUAACGUGGUCGUCUAAUUAGGAGCGGAUUAAGCAGUAAGCGGACUAAGCAGUCACGUGUGGACCCGGACGUCUAAAUAUAUCUUAACUUAAAGAUUUUAGAAAUUACCGAAAAGGUUCAAAAAACGCUCCUUAAAAUAAUCAAACAAAUCUAAAAAAUUAUUAAAUUGCCCCUCUGUGGAGCACACGUCCCACAGGGGAGCAAUUUGAUUAUUAAUGUGGCAAAUUCGAAAAUGGAUCUGUCAAAAAUUUUUUAAUUACUUUUCCUUCUUAUUUAUAACAUAAUGAGAGUUCCCUUCAAAUUUUUUUUUGGAGGAGAGCCGAAAUUUUUACCGCUUAGGGCUCCCACUGGACUUAAUCCGCCGCUGCGUUUAAUAAAUGAACAACUGUCUUUCAAAUAUUUCUUCUCAUCUUGGACAUUACAGAAAUUAUUCAGAUGGCUUAGGUGACUCACACUGUAUACAUAUAUCAAUAUAUUGUGUAUAUGUAAUAUACACGUACUAUAUAUAUGCAUAUAUGUAAUAUAAAAUACAUAUAAAUACAUAUAAUACACAUACAUUUAUAUGUAUAUUCACAUGAAUUCAAUUUAACAUGUAAUAUGUUUCUUGUGAAGUAGGUACUUUGAAGAUACAUUUACUUUCUGUUUUUUUCUUCGCUCAUCUUUCACGAUAACAACACUGAUUUUACUGGAAUUUAUUCAUUUAAUCUAUAUAGCAAUUUAAUUUUGUCACGUGUUAAUUAUGGAAUUUAAAUUUAUGAAAUCAAACUAACGAAGAGAAGCAACAUAUCAUUUAAUUUAAAUAACAUCUGCGACGAGAUGAGACUAGUAAUCUACAUUUCAUAGAUCACUAUGACGCUGCUAUUUAAUUAACAUUUCUUAAUUAACAUAUGGUCGC